CGCCGCCACCGCCAAACUCUCUUUGCGCCGUGUGGCCAGAUGAUUGCGUUCUUCAGUGUGCGGCUAUUUGCUCUUUCUGCGCCGAGUUGAAAUAUCCGAUCGCCGCCGCUUUUCGCUCUUUUCAUUGUGCCAGUUUCUUCAUUGUGCGGCUAUUUGCUCUUUCUGCGACCAGUAGAUUUGCCACUUUGUCGAUCAUUGUGCCAGUUUUUGUCGUUUGAAAUUGUGGCCAACGGAGAUCCCAUCGAAUUGGCCUUGACUGGCGUGGGGUUGAGCUGGCCGUGAAAAAGAUCCCAGAACCACGAGAAUACGACCCCUAAAAAGGUGACAAAAAGGAGGUGAAACUGCCUUGCUGGCUGCCGUGCACUGGUGUGUGUGCGUGCGCGUGUGUGUGUUGUGUGUGCGGCGAUUGUGUGUGCAAUUUUUUCAUCAUCACUCCAGCCCGCGUGUGUUUUUCAGUGUGCAAUCCAUCCGAGAAUUUGCCCAAAUCCUGCCCACCAGCAGUUCAUUUUAAAUUAUUCCGUCUUUUCAAAACAUUUCUGCUUUUGACGAGCAGCCUUAAAAAGAUUCAGGAUCAAGUACCUUGACGGCUUCUCAAGGCCGUACAAUUAUGGGUUUAAAUGCCAAGAGUGCUUGUUCUACCAGCAGCACUGAGCCAAAUGGCAGCGUAGUCAGCAUAGCCCCCAGCAACGGAGAAGUCAGCAGCAGCAUUGUCGUCGUCGUCAGCAGCAGCAGUAGCAACAGCAGCAGCAGCCCAAUCCCAAUCCCAAGUCUAAAUCCAAAUCCAAAUCCAGUCGCAGCACCAUCCCCUUCAGCGUCCCAGCCACCAGGAUCCUCAGCAGCCUCCAGAGCCGUCGAGAUGUGCUCCUGUGAUAGCCAGAACCUUGCAGCAUCCACAGCGGCGACUUCCAAUGGCAACAAACGUAAACGGCGUUUAAGCAGCGACUCAAACGAUGAUGCCAAGGACCCUGAACUCGGUUUUGAGCCUCCAUCAGCCAAGCGCCAGCAGCGAGUGCCCGCUCUGUACGGCAGCGACCAGGGCAAUCUUUCAUCGGUGGCCUCCUCGGUCUACACCUCGCCCGUUGUCUCGGUGGAUGGCCAGAGCACCCAGGAGCUGCUCAGCAUACGUAGCUCACCGGCCGAGGAGCUCCUGGAGGCGCCACACAGUCCGCUGCCGGACAGCCCGGACAGUCCGCCGAGUCCGGAUCGUGGAAGCAAGCAGACGCCAGUGGUGGUGCGCUACGCUGUGGAGAAGGUGGUGACCACCACAACGGUGGUCACGCAGAAGACGGAGGAUGAUGACCUUUUGGACGAUAGCUGCGAGGACUACUCGUACGACGAGGAUGAGGAGGAUGAUGUCGAGGAGGAGGACGACGACGAGGAGAUCUACUCCUCGACAAUUUCUCCAGCCUCCUCCGGCUGCAGUCAGCAGCAGGCGGUGAAUGGCGAGCGUACUCCCGGUCUGCCAAAUCACCAGGAGCAGAUCCACAAUCCGGUCAGUGACUUGAUGAUCAAUAUGCGGGCACCAAUGUCGCCGGCGGUGGAGAACGGUCUGCGCCUGUGCCCACUUCCUGCGCUCACAUGGGCCAACGCCGCGGAUGUUUGGCGCUUGAUGUGUCAUCGGGAUGAGCAGGACUCGCGUCUGCGCAGCAUAUCGAUGCUGGAACAGCAUCCCGGACUGCAACCACGCAUGCGCGCCAUCCUCUUGGACUGGUUGAUCGAGGUCUGUGAGGUUUACAAGCUGCAUCGGGAGACCUUCUACUUGGCCGUCGAUUACCUGGAUCGCUAUUUGCAUGUGGCGCACAAGGUGCAGAAGACACACUUGCAGUUGAUCGGCAUCACCUGCCUGUUUGUGGCCGCCAAGGUAGAGGAGAUUUAUCCGCCAAAGAUCGGGGAGUUUGCUUAUGUGACGGAUGGUGCCUGCACAGAGCGGGACAUCCUUAACCACGAGAAGAUCCUGCUGCAGGCCCUCGACUGGGACAUCAGCCCUAUUACCAUUAACGGCUGGCUGGGCGUCUAUAUGCAACUGAAUGUGAGCAACCGCACACCGGCCUCGUUCUCCCAGAUUGGCAGGCAAAAGUCCGCGGAGGCGGACAAUGCCUUUAUCUACCCGCAAUUCUCUGGCUUUGAGUUUGCGCAGACCUCACGGCUGCUAGAUCUGUGCACCCUGGACGUGGGCAUGGCCAACUACUCCUACUCGGUGCUGGCAGCUGCCGCCAUCAGUCAUACAUUUAGUCGGGAGACGGCUCUGCGCUGUUCUGGCCUGGAUUGGCAGGUGAUUCAGCCUUGCGCUCGCUGGAUGGAGCCCUUCUUCCGAGUGAUCUCCCAGAAGGCGCCCUACCUGCAGCUGAACGAGCAGAAUGAGCAGGUCAGCAACAAAUUUGGUCUGGGCUUCAUCUGCCCCAAUAUUGUCACUGACGACUCGCACAUCAUCCAAACGCACUUCACUACCAUGGAUAUGUAUGACGAAGUGCUAAUGGCCCAGGAUGCGGCGCACGCCAUGCGCGCUAGGAUUCAAGCUUCUCCGGCCACCGCGCUGCGCGCUCCCGAGAGCCUACUGACGCCUCCCGCCUCUAGUCACAAACCGGACGAGUACCUGGGCGAUGAGGGCGAUGAGACGGCGGCCAGGAGCGGCAUCUCUUCCACAACCACUUGCUGCAACACUGCCAGCAACAAGGGCGUCAUGAGCAGCAGCAACAGUUCGGUGACCAGCUGCAGCAGUAGAAGCAAUCGCUGAGAGAUUGGCCUCACUGCUCUUGGCCAUCAUGCUCUCACACUCACCACACCCGCCCGAACAGUCUUUACGUUAAGUGUUUCUUAUAUUUAAAUUAUUUUUGUUAAGUGAAAAGUUAUUAGUUGCCUAAUUCCUAUGCUAAAAACAUAUUUAAUUUGAAAUUAUCCACGCGCUCUUGAUUCUCAACUCGCGCUACAAUCAUUUUCCUCGCUCAGUUUAAUAUUUAACUUUGUGUAUUUAUAGAAAAUCAGAAAUAUAAUUUUUAAUGUACACUAUCUAUAAAGCGCUCAAGCAUAUAUAUACACACUUAGAGUAUAGCAGACCAGGCAAAACUAAUUAACCAUUAGACUAUUAUCUGCUGAAAAGAAGCACAACACCGCAACACAGCAUUCAGUGGUGAUGUUCUCACAAACUAAGUUGGGCGCCUCAAAAAUGAAAAACAAAAAAAACUUUGUUCGCAAUCAGACAUGUCCAGCUGUCAGUCAGUUAUCCAUUUCAAUCACCAAGUAGCAACUAACAACACUAAAACUGACAACAGAAGAGGGGCAGCAAAGGCCCAGAGCACAGAACUUGACUAACCAACUAAAUUAGGCAUAUAAGUCGAGGGAAUCUAACUAACCCUACUAAUGCAUUUCAUUCGACCAUUAAUUAAUUAAUACUACUAACAAUGAAUCAACAAACAAGACAAGUCCACAGCUGACAUGGAGUGACAAAGAAAAUGGCAAACUGAAGAAGUAAAGAAUUAUAUAUUCAUGAAUUGAACCCCCAGAACAGACAAUGUAUUCAUAUAUACAUCAUUGUACAAUUUUUUUAAUUAGACUAAUUUGCCAUAAUUUGCUAAGCAAAUAAAUCCUGUACAUAAAACAAAACGCACAAAAAACAAGAAUUAACCCUAACUGAAAACGCAUAUAAUAUAUUAUUAUAUAAGUGUACAAUUCUUUAUAUGGCUUAAAAUAUUUUAUGUACAUUCAAAAGGCAACCAUGCAGAGUAGAAAAAUAUUAUUAUUCGUUAGUUUAGGCAUAAAUAACAUGUAAGUGUUCAUACGAUUAAGGCUGGAUUGAAAACAAAAACAAACAAAAAACAACUAAAAGAAAAGCAAACAAAA